AUGAAUGUUCACUUUGAUUUUUAUAAUUCAGAAGGCAAUGAUAAUGAAGAACAAAACGUUGUUUAUAAUAUUCAAUCAUCAUGUGAUUCGCCAUCAAGCGAAGAUGAAGAGUUUGAACAGAUUUCAGCUGUACAAAGACAACAAAACCAACUUGAGUCACUUAUGAUUGGAAAGUUCAAAAUUGGAACAUUUAAGGAAUCAUCUGAAAAUGGUGAUAUUUUCGAGUCACCUCAGAAUUUAAUAAUGUUGUUUAAUCCACCGACUGAAUCUAUUUGUUUUGAGUUUGGAGAUGAAAGAUUGGAUAUGCAAGUUGCGGGAAUUGAUGAAUAUAGUUAUGAUAACUUUACAAUCGAGUUGAAAUUAUGUGUUGAUUUGGUGAAAUGGAUUUUACCGGUACGAAGAAUAAAUUCUCUGGAUGACAUUAGAAUUGAAAUUGAUCCGACAGGAGGUGAAUUAUUAAAAGCAAAUAAAAUUGUGGUCAACGUUUCAUCUGGUGUUUCAAUGACUAAAUUGAAAAAUUCACUAAACGAAUUCAUCCGUUUGAAGAAAAAUCAUAUUUCUAUGCUUAUUCCAAAAGGAGACACCAAAAUUAGAUUAAUUACUCAAUUUCGAACAAUUCGGAUUAUGCAUAAUAUCUACUCCAGUAUAGUUCUUGAUCAUUUUCUCAUAAUGAUUCGUAGAAAAUAUUUUUGUCCCAGAAUAAAAUUACCAUUAAAAUUUGUUUUAGAUGGAGAAGGAAUUAUUGAAAUUUGGAAUAAUGAAGAUUGGGAAUUUUGCAAGAUUGUUUGCGAAAAAAAGAGAUAUGGUGAUAAAUUGGGAGAAAUAAUGAUUGAGAAGGGAGUUUUGGAGAUUCACAUUGGUGAUGUUAGUGGCGGUAUUAGUGAUGAUGUUGAAUGUAUUAGUGACGUUGAAUUUGUUAGUGAUGUUUGA